AACAACGCACAGCACAUCGCAAGGCAUGUUCGCUUAUGCCAUCAUGCACCCGCUCCCUCCGGACGCUUUGCCGUAGUCGCCUUCUGUUUGCAAAGCAGAACCACGACCGUCUGCCGCAAUGGCGGCGUCUCUAUUCAACCUCGAACACCACUGCCGACCCCCAGCCAGAUUCCCGCAGGAAUGAGCUGCCGCCCGAUCUCAAUCACGUCUCUGCCGACUCCACGUAUCUGGACUUCAUACUAGGAGCCAAUGAUGACGAGUUGCCCGGGCAGCGUCCGGUGAGCCACCAAUCCCAUACUCCGCUCGAUUCGGAGCUGGAGCGGGAACAGGAGCUCCCCACAGCCCCAGCAGCUCGACAGCAGCGUCGGACACGGCGCGCACAAGUCGCGGGCAGGGCUCAUGAGAGUCAUGAUCCGAGCCGUGAGAAAGUGAGGCAGAGCUCGGCUAGAUCCUCAGAGCCACAAAAGCCAUACUGGAUUGCAUUCAACUUCCGUUCUGGCCCGGAGCCGAGAGCUGCCCUGCCCAAGAAGCCCACGUCCUUCAAUGGCAGGAGAACUCGAGGUGCUACCCAGCAUCCGAUGAGACGGGGACCUGUGGACGUUUUACGACCGCUGAGGGAACGACCCGCGAUUGUAGCGAUGCAGAAGGCCCGUUUCGAUGAGCUGCGCUGGGUCGAGAACGCCCACCAACUUCGCAACUGCAUUAUCGAACAGCGUGAACCUGUCCUUCCAGUACUUUCUGCACAGACGAUCGAACUGGUAGAUCGAGUCUACGAUGUGCUUGCGCAAAAUCCUUCUGCACCCCAGCGACUUCGCUUUCUCGAUUUCAGGACGCAUACACAUUGGCCAUCUGUAGCACUUUGGUUCAUGCAUUACGAUCCCGCAACAGCUCUCGAUUUCCUCCUUUUGACGAACUGCGCGCCAGGACCGCACAAUGUGUACACAAAGAAGACACUGCAGGUCUUGACGACAAUCUAUUACAAAAGCAAAGACCAUGACAGUCUGGAAAAGCUUGCAAAUGCUUUGCCCUCCCUCACAUACAGUUCUCGUUAUGGUGGAAAGGCUAUAUUUACACAUGGUUUUGUCUACCGAGCUUUGACCAAUUACUGCACUGAUGAAGCUCUCUCUGCUCUGUACGACGACAUGAAGAAGCAUCAUUAUGCACGAGUGAACUGGCGCACGUGGCUGCGAUUCGCUGCAAGCUUCUCCAAGCGUGAGAAAGGGGCUCAGGCGCUCGAUGCCUUGUUCGAGACGAAGAAUGCAGGUGCAGAUGUCGAUGGAGAAGAGUUUUACAAAGUAUGCUCUACCUUGCUCCGCCGAGCAGUUUCCUUCCCCGGCGGCCUUCGAGCCUGCGUUCGGAUUGUCGAGAGCUUGUUAAAGCUCGGCCUCACACUAAACAACACGAUUGCCAAUAUUAUCAUGUUGAACGCUGUCGAGGCCCGCGAUUUGAACACUGCAAUGGAGAUCUAUCAUUCGUUACGCGAUCAUGGACUGCAGCCUGACGCCUACACUUUUGCCAUUCUGCUCAAAGGAUGCAAAACCAGAAUCGACAAUGCUGAGAUGCUGAACGAGACCAUUCGCGACGCUAUUUCUGGCAUCAACGUUCUGGAAGCACCUGUGGUAGCUACCGAGAUCCUGCAUUGCCUGGCGCUGCAUCAUACCAAGCACAAUCUCAACAAAGCCUUUCUCACUGUUGCCGAUGCGUACGCGCAGCUGUUCAGUUUAGGCCCUCUGCGGCUAGUGGGACUGCUGCCGGAGAAAUUAUCGCAGAUUGACGACACCACACGAAGACCCCAGCCCCGGCCACAAGACAUCUCCAUCAUGCUGGCGACAUAUCUGGAGCAAUCCGCAUCAAUAAGUGACUCUACCACGCGCGCCUACGAUCUCUGGCAAAGAGUCAAGCACGCCAUCGAAUCCGGACAAGAACCCUUCGCAUCCAUGAUCCAAACAGACCACAUUUUCAAUGCCUUCCUCGGCAGCUUCACCAAAACCAAGCAAGGCCUCUUACACGCCGCCGAAAUCAUCAAAUACAUGCAACUACCAAACGAGCCCAACGCCAAGUACCAACAAAUCCGACCCACAGUCCAGACAUGGUCCAUCUUCGUCCACGGUUUCUCUCGCCACGGCCAAUUACACCUCGCCGAUCAAAUCCUCGCUUACAUGCGCGGCAAAGGUAUCGAACCGAACCAGGUAACAUACAAUUCGCUACUUGUCGGAUACGCUGCGAGACAGGACUUGGAUGGCGUGUUGAGUACUGUCCAACGAAUGGAAACGGAUGGUCAUACAUGGGAUGCGUGGACAAAUAGCGCUCUCAGACGUUUCCGCGAUCAGGACACAUUAAGGACACGUUUGCGGAACGAAGGCGAAGUCAGUCCUAUAGCGAGUUUUAUGGAUUUCACGCCUGAUUUGAAAAGGAAUUUGGAGACGAAGAUUGAGUCUUUUGAACCGAUUGGUGUUGUGGCUGCGAAUGAGCAAGAGAAAGAAAGUGUGAAUAGGGCAAGCGGAGUUGAUGUGAGAGAGGCGAGUACGCAGCAAACGAGUGCUAUUCGAAAUGAGACCGGUAAGGGUCACGUGGAGGUCGAGGCGCCACAGACGAAUGCUACCGGGCAUGAAACAGAAGAGCAGCGAAUCGCAAGGCAAUAUUUCGACGACGAUGAUUGAUGAAGGUCUGGCAGCGGCUGUAAAUAUACCCCAAGCGGAGGAGCGAGCGUACGGUCAUGUAAAAUGUUGUACCAGUAAAUGUCGUCUAUAUUCGUAGCGAAGAGCCAGAAAAUGUUUUCUCACUUCAAAAGAGUUCUCGACUUCACAUUUCUUCAUCUUCAAAAAGAGCAUACUCCUGCCAUGGGAUAUCACUCG